CAUUUAUGGACUCAAUCAAGCUCCGAGAGCUUAGUUUGAGAGGUUCACAUCUCAUCUCUACACCUGUGACACUCAUGCUUCAAUAGCAGAUCCAUCUUUGUUUGUUAGAAAGAAUGGAUCAUCUCUUACAUUGCUGCUUCUUUUCGUAGAUGACAUCAUUCUCACUGGGAAUGAUCCUUCAUACAUCCAGAAUCUUGUUUCUUACCAGCAUACAGAGUUUGAAAUGAAGGACUUAGGUCCUCUUCAUUUCUUUCUAGGAUUGGAGAUUAAACACACAUCUACCGGACUGUUUAUCAAUCAAGAGAAGUAUACUAAGGAUCUUCUUCACAAGACAAACAUGUCUACUUGCAAAAGUUGUAAAACUCCAUGUGUUUCUGCUACAAGACUAAGGAAAACAGAUGAUACAUUGCUUCCUGAUCCUACAGUUUAUAGAAGUGUUGUGGGAGCACUUCAGUACUUAACUUUUACCGGACCAAACAUUCAGUUUGCCAUAAAUUAUACCUGUCAAUUCAUUCAAUGUCCAACUGAUGUCCACUAUGCAGCAGUCAAGAGGAUCCUUAGAUAUCAUCAAGGCACUUCAUCCUAUGGUCUUACUUGUGUAAAGAGCAAUCUUUCUCUUACAGCAUAUGCAGAUGCUGAUUAGGCUGGAGAUCCACUAGAUAGAAGAUCAACAACUGGCUUUAUAGUAUAUCUGGGCAACAAUCUUAUUCAUUGGGCUACCAAAAACAAUCCACAAUGACUAGGUCCUCUAAUGAAGUAGAAUAUAGGUCCUUGAAUUCCACUGCUGCAGAAUUAUCUUGGUUAUGAACUUUGCUCUGUGAUCUUCAUGUUUAUCUUCCCACAGUUCCUAAACUUUGGUGUGACAAUAUAUCAGUCAUGGCCUUGGCUUCAAAUCCUGUGUUUCAUGUCA